GACAAACCAUUCAGCUGUGAUGAAUGUGGACAUAGAUUUAGUCAGAAGACACACUUAAACCGACACAUGAGAAUCCACACAGGAGACAAACCAUUCAGCUGUGAUGAAUGUGGACAUAGAUUUAGUCACAAGACAAGCUUAGACAGACACUUGAGAAUCCACACAGGAGAAAAACAAUUCAGGUGUGAUGAAUGUGGACAUAGAUUUAGUCGCCAGACAAACUUAGACAAACACAUGAGAAUUCACACAGGAGACAAACCAUUCAGCUGUGAUGAAUGUGGACAUAGAUUUAGUCGCAAGGCAAGCUUAGACGUACACAUGAGAAUCCACACAGGAGACAAACCAUUUAGCUGUGCUGAAUGUGGACAUAGAUUUAGUCACAAGACAAGCUUAGACGUACACAUGAGAAUUCACACAGGAGACAAACCAUUCAGCUGUGAUGAAUGUGGACAAAGAUGUAGUCGCAAGACACACUUAAACCGACACAUGAGAAUCCACACAGGAGACAAACCAUUCAGCUGUGAUGAAUGUGGACAAAGAUUUAGUCGCAAGACAAACUUAGACAAACACAUGAGAAUCCACACAGGAGACAAACCAUUCAGCUGUGAUGAAUGUGGACAUAGAUUUAGUCAGAAGACAAGCUUAGACCAACAUAUGAGAAUCCACACAGGACAGAGACCUUUUCCUUGUGAGGUUUGUGGUGAAUUAUUUCGGUGGUGUGUCUCUUUAAAAGGACACAUGCGUGUCCACACAAAAUGACAUGACAUGAUACAUUUGAAGGAUUUUCUUGCAAAUCUGUAAACAAUGUGUUAAGACAGGCUUGAACAAAGGUCUCACACACUGCUUCUCUCUGAUUGUCCAGUAAAGUAGUAAUCUCCCACUGUACUGCUUUAAUCUUAGUUUACCAUUUUGUAUUUCUUUACCACUGGGAGACAGAGUAUGGAGGGUCUGUGAGGAAUUAAUUGUCAGUGCAGUUUGUUUUUUUUUUUUUCCUUUAAAUUUAAAUAUAUGUUCCCACUUGUUGCUAACAAAGUUUGACCUCUGACCGCAGCCUCCGCAUCAGAAUUAUCCCUAACUCCAUCUAAUAAUUGAAAAAUAUAUUAAUCCCAAAGAGAAAAUGCAUAAUGUACAUAAAGCUCAUUAAGUUUGUACCAUGUAAUUGAUGUAAGUAUAGUCAGUGCUAAGUUGGGCUACAUGUUGUAGCUAACAGCUAAAAACAUUGUAACAUAACUUUGAAUAAUUGCCUCUCUCCUUAACCGUAGUCACUGUUCUCUGCGCUUGAUAAUCAAACGUUCACGGACAGCCGUGAACAGAUAACUUGUCCUUCUGUGGGAGUCUAGGCAAGUUUAGAAGAACAAGAGCAGGUAAAGUAAGUUAGUAAAUGUUUAUUUAUAUAGCACCUUUCAAGAUAAAAA